AUGGCAACAAUGGCUGAUGUACCCCUUCUGAUUACUUCGGAAAACGCCCGAUCUGAACGACGUAUCUCGCCUGCUUGGACCAUAGCUCAACUGAAAGGACGCUUGGAACCCAUCACGGGCAUUCCGGCUUCCUCACAGAGAUUGACCCUGAAGGUCGCUUCCUGGCCCGAUCAAAACUUGCAGACGGUCGAUGAAGAGAACACUCAGCUUGAUGCAUUCACCUUGCAAAGCUACGCAGAACUUCAUGUAGCAGACACCCGUCCAGCAGGACUACGCGCCAACUACACUGAUGUAUCGGCAGUCGAAAAAUACGAAAUGCCGCCAGACGAGUAUGAGAGUCGCACUGAUAGUGUGCUGCACUGGAAGAGGACUCAUCAGUUGGGCCGAUUUGAUCCCAAUGCCCCCACCAUAGAACAGCAAAAGGUCACUGGUAUUGAGAGAGAAAUUGAAGAGAGAGGGAUCAAACUGGACGCACGCUGCCGUCUAUUGGCUGCCAAUCAAAGCGAGAGCUCACUCGAACGUCGCGGAACCGUCAAAUACAUUGGCGCUGUUCCUGAAAUCCCUGGUAUCGGUGCUUGGGUUGGCAUCGCGUUGGACGAACCCACUGGCAAGAACGAUGGCACUGUGAAGGGCACCCGCUACUUUCAAUGUGGAGCCAACUGUGGUGUCGUAGUACGACCCGAGAGAGUUGAGAUUGGUGACUUCGAUGUGAUUGAUGAGUUCGGUAGCGACGAAGAGUUCUAA